AUGUGUUGUGGUAGGCGAUGUGUGAUCACACAUUACACCACCUCUCACGACGAAGGUUGUGCGCUAGUGGAAAAGGUCCGAUCUUACAUGAAGGAAACAGAUUUGGAAGACCAGUAUCUGUGGAGGCACAGCACGUGCCUUAUGGAUACGUCCUCAAUCUUUGAAGUCUGCCUUGUGGUAGUGGUAACACUGAUGUUAUCUUUCUAUCAGCCGCUCAUAUCCAGGGCAAUAAAUACGAUCAAAUCGUAUGUCAAAACUAAGCAUGCGAAUCCGGAAGUAUUGUCAUUGGGAGCAGAAGUACAAAAGCUCAAAAGCGAUUUAGCAUUGAUAUCACCAACCUCGGAGUUUUCAUCGUACUUCAAAACUGAGCGAAUGCUUAACAAAAAGCUGGAGCAGUAUGAUGCAGCAGUUGCUAAAGAGAAGAUGAUGCAGCCAUCUCUUCUAAAGAUCGAGAUGGGUGUUAAAGUCGUUGCGCAGUGUAUUGGACUAGUCCUUCUUCAUUCAAUUUCUGGAAUCAAUGCUUUCUGUAUUCCUGCUCCAGUCUUUUGGCCAAUUAAUUAUCUGCUGCGUUUUCCAUCAGUCUGGAGUGGCAAAGGAUGCAUCGCUUCGAAUUCUGAUCUCACUCCUGUGUCUAUGUUUGUUUUUGCAUAUUGCUGCAUCGUUACUGUGAAGAAGUUCAUUGGCAGCGAGAGGACGUAA